UGUUGUCCGGCUUGAUGAAACUGACAACGCUCGUAAUGAUCAAACAAAUUUUUCAGUUAUUCUGACUGAUAAAAUACUUUACGCUUCCUAAUUUCAUAUUAGAAUCAAGUAUGAAAUUAUGAUGAGCAAUUUCGUGUAUUAUUUGUUUGUCUUGCUUUGCUACAGCAUAACGAAAUCCGACGCAGACUCCGUGAAAUAUUAUUAUGACUACGAAUGCAAUGAGCCUCUAGUAGCGACAUCAAAGCUCACGGCCACUUCUAGCUUGAGGGACAGAGGACCAGAGAAUGCCAAGUUGUAUGGUCUUAACGCAUGGACGGCAUCGGAGAGUGACUUCGAUCAGCAGCUGAUCAUAGACCUGGGGACCGUCAAGAACAUCACCAGGGUAGCCACCCAGGGCCGCGCCCACUCCCAGGAGUUCGUCCAAGAGUACCACAUAAGCUAUGGGUCCAAUGGCCUGGAUUACGUUCAGUACAAAGCUGCUGGUGGUGAAGUCAAGAUGUUCGAGGGCAACCACGACGGCAACACGGUACAGAAAAACGAAUUUGAAGUGCCGAUCAUAGCGCAGUACAUCCGCAUCAACCCGAUGCGGUGGCGUGACAAGAUUUCCAUGCGGGUCGAAGUCUAUGGCUGCGAUUAUGUGGCGGACACACUCUACUUCAACGGUACAUCUCUAGUCAAGGUGGACCUCCUCAGGGACCCGAUAUCGGCCUCCAGAGAGGCGAUACGGUUCAGAUUCAAGACCAGCACGGCCUCAGGGGCGCUGCUCUAUUCCAGAGGCACGCAAGGAGAUUAUAUUGCUCUGCAACUCAGGGACAAUAGAUUGGUGCUGAAUCUCGAUCUUGGCUCCGGCACAGCAACAUCCUUAUCAGUAGGCAGUCUUCUGGACGACAACAUCUGGCACGACGUGGUGAUCUCGCGCAACAGACGCGACGUGUGGUUCUCAGUGGACCGCGUCAUCGUGCGCGGGCGCAUCAAGGGCGAGUUCUCGCGCCUCAACUUGAAUAGAGCUCUCUACAUAGGCGGCGUACCGAACUUCCAAGAAGGCCUGGUGGUGAACAAGAACUUCACCGGCUGCGUGGAGAACAUGUACCUGAACGCGACUAAUGUCAUCAGUGACUUGAGGCAAGGCUACGAGGCCGGGGAACCCUUCAAGUUUCAGAAGGUCAACACGCUCUAUGCUUGCCCUGAGCCACCAGUAGUCCCAAUAACGUUCCUAAAAGCGAGUGCUUACGCUAAGCUACGCGGCUACUCCGGCGGGCCGUCGCUCAACAUCUCAUUGGAAUUCAGGACAUACGAGAGCCAUGGACUAUUAGUUUACCACAAGUUCAAGUCUGAGGGAUAUGUCAAGGUGUACAUAGAAGAAGGCAAAGUGAAAGUGGAGUUGUACACGGAAGCCUCCCCGAAGAUACGGCUAGACAACUAUGAAGAGGAAUUCAACGACGGUCGCUGGCACUCCAUGCUGCUUACCAUGGCCACUGACAGUCUGACUCUGGCUGUCGACUACCGGCCUGUCAAGACCACUAAGAAGCUAAGGUUCUUUACUGGCAGCACUUACUAUAUUGCUGGUGGAGCAAAAGCGCCCCCCCGUGGGUUCAUUGGCUGUAUGCGCAAGAUAGCAGUGGAUGGCAACUACAGACUGCCGACAGACUGGAAGAAGGAAGAGUACUGCUGUCCCAACGAGGUCGUCUUCGACGCUUGCCAGAUGAUUGACAGGUGUAACCCCAAUCCAUGCGAGCAUGGAGGCGUGUGCACGCAGACAUCAGAGGAGUUUUCCUGCAACUGUCAAGGCACUGGCUACGCCGGCGCUGUGUGCCAUACAUCGAUCCACCCGCUGUCCUGUCAAGCCUACAAGAACGUGCAGGCGGUGUCUCAGUCGGCAGAGAUCCACAUUGACGUCGACGGCUCCGGCCCGCUGCCUGCCUUCCCGGUGACUUGCGAGUUUUAUUCGGACGGGCGAGUAAUCACAGCAGUCCAGCACUCCGUGACAGCAAACACGGUUGUGGACGGUUACCAGGAGCCGGGCAGCUUCAAGCAGGACGUGGAGUACGACGCGUCGCGUGCGCAGCUCGAAGCGCUGUUGAACAGAUCCGACUCUUGCUGGCAGCGGCUCGAGUAUAUGUGCCGGCAUUCGAGGCUGCUUAACUCGCCUAGCGAGGAAGCCAACUUCCACCCGUUCGCGUGGUGGGUGUCCCGCACGGGGCAGCGCAUGGACUACUGGGCGGGCGCGCAGCCCGGCUCGCGGAUGUGCGCCUGCGGCGUGCUGGGCGCCUGCAGCGACCCCACCAAGUGGUGCAACUGCGAUGCCGAGUACUCGCCGCUGAAGCCCGACGAGUUCCAAGUAGACGGAGGCGAGAUAACAGAGAAAGAGUUCCUGCCUGUGAAGCAACUCCGAUUUGGCGACACGGGCAGCCAUCUUGACGAGAAAGAAGGACGGUACACACUCGGCCCGCUACUGUGUGAGGGAGACGAUUUGUUUGGUAACGCGGUAACGUUCCGUAUAUCAGACGCUGUGAUUAUCCUGCCAAACUUCGACCUCGGCCACAGUGGCGACAUCUACUUCGAAUUCAAAACCACCAGAGAAAACGCUGUGCUCUUACAUUCUAAGGGCCCACAAGACUACAUGAAGCUGUCCAUCAUCGGUGGAGACCAGCUGCAAUUCCAAUUCCAAGUGGGAGACACACCACUCGGCGUUUCCGUGGAAACCAGCAACCGCCUGGCUGACAACCAGUGGCAUUCCGUGUCCAUUGAGAGGAACAGACGGGAAGCCAGAGUCGUGGUAGACGGAGCCCUGAAGAACGAGAUCCGCACGGCCAAGGAGCCGGUGCGCGCCCUGCAGCUGUCCACGGGACUCAUCCUGGGCGCGGCGCUCGACAGGAAGGACGGCUUCGUGGGCUGCAUGCGGGCGCUGCUGCUCAACGGGAUGCCCAUAGACUUGCGCUCUUAUGCCAGGCGAGGAUUAUACGGCGUGUCGGAAGGCUGCAUGGGCAAGUGCGCAUCGUCUCCCUGCCUUAACAACGGCACCUGCCUCGAGGGCUAUGACUCAUACUCCUGCGACUGUCGCUGGACCGCCUUCAAGGGACCGAUUUGCGCUGAUGAAAUCGGCGUGAAUCUCCGCCCGAACUCGAUCGUGAAGUACGACUUCCUGGGCUCGUGGCGGUCCACGAUCGCGGAGAAGAUCCGCGUGGGCUUCACUACCACCAACCCCAAGGGGUUCCUGCUCGGCUUCUACUCCAACAUCUCCGGAGAAUACCUGACGCUUAUGGUCUCCAAUUCGGGUCAUCUCCGUGUAGUAUUCGACUUCGGCUUCGAGCGUCAAGAGAUCAUCUUCCCGAACAAACACUUCGGUCUGGGCCAGUACCACGACGUGCGGCUGUCUAGGAAGAACAGUGGCGCCACUAUGGUGUUACAGGUGGACAACUACGAGACUAAAGAAUAUAACUUCAACAUAAAGGAGUCGGCGGACGCGCAGUUCAACAACAUCCAGUACAUGUACAUAGGGCGCAACGAGAGUAUGACCGAAGGGUUCGUGGGGUGUGUCAGUCGCGUCGAGUUCGAUGAUAUAUAUCCAUUGAAGUUGUUGUUCCAGCAAGACCCACCGCCUAACGUGCGGAGUCUUGGAGGCGGCAUCCUGCACGAGGACUUCUGCGGUGUGGAGCCGGUGACGCACCCUCCAGAGCCCAUCGAGACGCGGCCGCCGCCCGACGUCGACCUGCAGCGGGAGCUCGACUACCACAAGACCGACGAGGCGAUCCUCGGCACUGUGCUGGCGUUCAUCUUCCUGCUACUGAUCGUGGUAGCCGUGGUGUUAGUGAGAGCGUUGUCACGACACAAGGGGGAAUAUCUCACACAGGAGGAGCGCGGCGCGGACGGCGCGGCAGACCCCGACUCGGCCGCGCUGGCCGCCGCCACCGGCCCAAGGGUCACCAAGCGGCGGGAGUUCUUCAUAUAGACAUCCUCACAGUACCACUCAACCAUCAACAAUACCAACUUAGGUAACGGCCAUAAACCAUCAUUCUGCGAGAACAUGCCAAUGUUAUUUAAUUCCUAAUUCGAAAUUCAAAAAUUUCAAUCUUUGAAUCACAUCACAUCACCGUAUGACGCCCACUGCUGGGCAUAGGCCUCCCCCAAGGAUCUCCACGACGAUCGGUCCUGCGCUGCCCGCAUCCAGCGGCUUCCCGCAACCUUCACCAGAUCGUCGGUUCACCUUGUAGCGGGCCUACCCACUGAGCGUCGUCCGCCAAUCUUUGAAUAAAUCGAUGUAAUAUAAACCUUUGAUACAACGAUUCGACAAAGUCAAUAACUCAUUUGUCAACAUAGCUAGCGAGAAAUGGGUAUAUAUGUACACACUUCUUCUUAUCGAGUCGAUGGCAAACUAAAUAGUAUCGUCCCAAAACUUGGCAACAAGUAUGGCGCUAUCUGCAGCGCUCAUCAGAUCCUCCUGCAUGCAGGUGUUCGGGCACGCAGGACACGAUGUAAGAUGUUCCAUCGUUUGGGGAACAGUGCCGCACUUGCACUUUAAGUCCGAGCCAUCCAAGAAACCCCACCUGAACAAAUUGUCCUUACUUCGGCCCACCUGAGUCCGAAGUCUAUUUAGAGACUUCCAGAUAAGCCAAGACAAAUCAAGACCUGGCGGAGGUCUCUCGGAUGGCGGAACGAAACGGUUUGGGGGGUGGGUGUACCCAUUCCUGCCACUAUACACUUACCCUACCCCUUCUGGGAUACAGUCGUGAUGCUCUGUUAUGUUACCUAAUUUGUGAGUGAAAUCUUUCUCGCGCUGUUGUGACUAUAUGACCCAAUGUCUAGUUGCAGUAUUGUUGAUCGAAGACCCAAUUAGUGCACUUAUUCGAAAAGAUUGGUUCAUUUGAUAUUUCCAAAGGAUCUGAACUUAAAACUAUUUUAAGUGUAGGUAAAACUUGAAAUCAAUUAUUGCACUUAUUCGACAAGAUUGGUUCAUUUGAUAUUUCCAAAGGAUCUGAACUUAAAACUAUUUUAAGUGUAAGUAAAAAUUUAAAUCACUACUGUGUUGACAAUCGAUUGAUGAUAAUGUCACGAUAAAGCCAUUAUCACCAAAAAUAAACCAGUUUAAAUUACUAUAAUAGGAAAAUAAUUAGCUUUAUAAAAAACUGAAAUUUAUGUCAAAACGUAGUCUCGAUUGCUAAGUACAUAAACAAUAAAACACGGAAUAAAAAAAUAUAUUCAAUAUAAGCAUGAAAGACAUAAAAAAGAAACAAAUAGAAGGGAUAUGUACGCCAUAUAUAUACGAGAGUUUACCAUCUUAUAAAAAAAAUAUUUUUCAACUGUUAAUCAUCACAAUAUACACAGAAACACAAUAAUAAUGUUAGCUAUUGCACAAAUGUGGCUAAGACUGCGAUCAACGGAUCCUUUCCAACGUUUUGAUUAAAAACAUAAUAUAUUAAUCUAUACUAUUCUCUCUCUGUAGUAGUUAACUACUUGAUUAAAUACGUCAGGAAAAUAAAUAAGGUUAUUAUUUUUACCUUAUUUAACAUUAAAUCUCCUAUCGAUCCGAUAAAAAUGUUCACAAAGCGCGUCAAUCUUAAAAAUAGACUUUACAUAAUUUGUGCUUGUAAACCACUGCCAUAUAGUAUAAAUAUACUAUCUGCAAUGUAAAUCUUAGUUAUUAUUAAUCCACUACUACCUUCAAAUGAGCUAUAUUGCUUCAAUGUAGCCCCUCAGAACUUCACAAAUUGAUUACUUGUCAUUUUAUUCUUCUGAAAAAGUAGAAUACUGUAUUUCAAUCUCUAGUGAGUAUAAAAUAAAUAACCAAGAGCUUUGGUAGAUAUUGCUACUAAAUUGCAUUCACAUGCCAAAAGAUUACACGUUUUCAACGAUAACACAAAUAUUAAAAAAAAAAACAAACACUCAAACCAUUAAUAACUCAAGUAUAAUAUUGAUCAUAAAAAAUAAACUGUAUACAAUUUUCGUCUUUCAAACUAUAGUAUAAGAUAACCAGGUAUGCUCUAAAGUGACAGCUAACAUUUCAAGGUUAGCCCAGCUGACGUCAUCCCACCCUGCGUUGCCAUUUCGUAAGAAAUAAGUUACCCACGACCAAUGUUUUUAAUUUACUUUUCAAGGCAAUCUUGAAUUUUUAGUAAAAUAUUUACUUACAGUUUUAAUGUGACAAGUAAUAGGAAUUAAAUACAUUCAUUAAUCAGUAAUUCACUUAAUUUUCAAUAAUAAAAUUUACGUCUUUGACAACCAAUUUAAUGGCAACACUUACGUCAUCAAACGCCUAGCAAUGGCGGCUUGUCAUAGGAUUGACCAUACCGGGUUUUCUUAUACCAUAUUUCAAACUAGAAAAAAAUCGUGACAUUUUGUAAUAAAACUUACGAUAAUUUUACAUUUUUAUACACAAAUCGGAUAAAAUGAUUCUAAACUUUUCUCUCCCACAAUGUGCCAUUCGGCUCUUUUAUAAUCUCAAAAACUAACAAAUAUCAAUAUUUCAUGAAUCUCUAAUCACUUCGGAACCUCACGACAAAAUAGUAUUGUAAAUUAGCGUAUAUAUUUUGCUAUUGUAACUAAAUACUCGUGGUAGAAUAAUACUGGACGCGAGAAUAUUUACUGUAAUCUACCUUUUUGUAUUUGUCAUUUAUUUUUCUUCUUUUUUUAUAUGGCGUGCUAAUGCGAGUAUGAAUGAGGUUGUAUUCUUUACUCUAAUAUGAACACUGUCAGCAUCUAUUCGCACUUUCACGGCAGUUUCGAGGCGAUAGCGUGCGGUCUCUCGCUCCUUUGCUAGAGCAAAUGACGAUUCUGAGUAACAGAAAAGGAUACUCUUAGAAGCGUAGGAAAGUGCGAAUAGGUUCUGACAUGUGGUUCAACCCUAAUGGACGAGUGGGUGUGCUGUGUAUACUAUACAUCUCUGCCUACCCCAUUCGGGAUACAAGCACGAUGCUAUGUUAUAAACAUAAAAGUUUGUAAGUUAUUUUCAUUUGGAAAAAUUAUAAGACAAGUAAAAAAAAUUAUAAUAGCGUAGGUUAAAAACAGACUCGUAUUAUUUAGAGGUUCGACUGUAAGACCUAUUGUACAUAGCAAUAUAAUGUACCCACUUUAGGACUCUGUCGCACUAACAUAUUUGACAUUUACUGAGACUUACGGUUCAAUUUGUCAAAAAAGUUAAUGUGACAUGGUAUCAAAGUGUAUACAUAUUAAUGCUCGUGACCGUACAUGCAUUUGAAUACAAAGUGACAGGUUUUAUUCUACCAUGUGGACACUUAUCUAUUUUGUAAGUAAGAUUAAGUAUAAAGCCUUUUUACACGAUUGAGACUGUCUUGUAAAGGCAGUUGAGUCAGUACCGAUCAGCAAUCAAUGAAGAUGAUUCUGGUAAACAUAAUUUUAAUUUAGUUUGACCGUUUUAAGAACAGAGCUGCUGUCCUUUACUUACGAUAAGUGAAAGAAAGAGAUAGAGUUAGUUCUGGAACUGACAAAGUAAAUUAAGUUCGUGUCUUUCAGAAUCGACUCCAUUAAAGUGAAGCCAUAUUUGUCAGCACCUCAUAAAACUUUCCUAUACUUCUAUCCUUUUCUGUUACUCAGAGCUCUCUCGCUCUAGCAAAUGACGGUUCUGAGUACCAGACAAGAAUAGAAACAUAGGAAAGUGCUGUGAGGUGUGCCAGAUGUGGUUUCGCAGGAAAGAUUAUUUUUGUUCCCGCUUUUUCUUCGUUUUACGUUCCUUCACGCAUUAGUUCUUCACAUUUUAGUCUUAUCGUGUGAAAAGGCGUAAAUUUGUACUUCCAAAUGCAUUUUUUACACGAAAUUCAUCUUUGAAAUCAGUUACAUAUCGUAUAAAUGAUAUGGGCUGGUGGCUUUUGAACCCUACAAAUUAGUAUUAAGUUAAUAUAGGUUCUAUAUUGUGUAUCAUUUUAUAAUAUUUUAAAUGUGUUUUUGUAAUAUUUGUAUCAAUUUAUGUUUAUUACAGACUGCUUUGACUUUAUGACUUUAAAAUUAGAUAUUAAUUAUUAGUUCGUGACUAACUUGAAUUGUGUGAAAUUAUUAGUUAGUUUAGUUUCCGUCCAAAAAUGAUCUUUCUUUACUUAUUUUAUGUAAUUGUGAUUAGUUUUUUUGAUGAAUCAUGAGAGGUUUUUUUAAAGAGCAUCUUGAAAUCAAGCCAUUAUAUUUAGGUCACAGUCCUUUUCGAGUUGUGGUAAGCUUGUGUUACUUUGUAAGUAUUAUUAUCACAGUUGCUUUUCUUUAAAAAAAAACAUAUAGAUUGCAUAAUCGUGACUCUUGCGAUCCUUAAGCGCUUUCAUAGGACACCAGUAUGCUAAUACCAGUACACACAAUUUUAUUUUAAAUUAUAUCUGUCAUUUUCUUAUCCGCCGAAAAGGAAAGGGACGGGUAAUCGACUGCCAUAAACUUUAUGGUACACACGUCAAUUUUAGUCAGGAAUUUAAAACACCCUCCCUAAAUUUUAUAUUGGCCAAAAACCCGACAGAAUUAAGUUGACAGGACACACGUCAAACAGGUUGCAUAUCAGAGAAAUGCAUUAUUUAUUCGUCCGGGUUAUUCGUUCAUUUUAAAAUUAACAGUUGUCAAUUUGUCCCUUUCAUUUUCGCCGGAUAAGAAAAUGACGGGUAUAACUUAAAAUAAAAUUAGGAGGUGUCUACAGGAAUCGGGGUCACUAUAUUACAAAUUAUAAAAAAAAACAACUGUGGUAAAAAUAUCAGAUGUGACGUGUUAAAUAACACCAUGAAAAAAAUAAUAAUACAUUUUUUAUGUUAUUAGGUAUCUGAAUUGUUAUUCGGUCGCAAUAUGCACAUUAUUUUGAACACUAUAAAAACUCCUUGUGACUAAUGCAUAGCAAUUACAUUCUUAUGCUUCAUUGCUAUUAUUUUCAAUGUCCUUACAUAAAUAUUGUAACGAUGCUUGUGUCUUUCUAUAGACUAUAAUAUUAGACCAGUAUCUGACCCCAUUUCUUUUUUAUUUCUAUGUUACAUCACAGCGAAUUCUUUUCAGGGACAAAUAUAAAGACAUGAAUUAUCCGUCAACUGUAAAAAAAUGUAUUAAGUAUUGUACUUAUCUACCUAUUAUCUGUUUUCUUUGAAUGUUCCUUGUGUCGGUUUUAUUGUGUACAAAUAAAUAAAUAAAUAAUAAUACACAACUUCGGUCACAAGCUCUCACUAAGAAAUACAUGUGAUAAAAACAUCGGCUUAGAUAAUACCACGGAAUGGAAGAAAGAAAAGAAAGCCCCUUACGCGCAUUUUGUAUGAGACCCUCUGUCGCCGGUUCAACUCCACUCUCUUUUACUACCACUCCUGCAAACAGAUAACUUUGAUAGAAUAGAAUUGACAUAGUUUAUUAUAAAAGGACACACAAAACAAGACAAUACAUCAUUUAAAAUUCUCACAAAACAAUUACAAAAAAGCAAAACGAAUGUCCGUCGAAAUGAUCAUAAGGUGGUGGUGGACGUCCUGAGAAAAAAGACCUCACUCAGCACAAGUCGCGGCGUGAACCACGACGCUGGUAUUAUAUGGACCCUGCUGGGUUAGGCACUCUUAACUCUACUGUUUCUCAAAAUCCAUUGCCACUUUACCGGGAAUGUAUAUGUUAAGUGAUAGGCUGCAAUUUUAUCAUUACUUGUCGUAACAUACUGUAUGCAAAAGUAUUUUUUCGACAAUUAGCCGAUAUUAUUAAGGUUUUAGCUUUCCUGUGAUAAGGAUGGGAUCUCCUUGCGUGAUAGUCGAUAUUUGUUUUAUUUACCUGCAGGUUAUAAUGCACUAGACAACUUUUUAAUGUACAGUCAUGAGCAAGUCAUGUACCCAUUUUAGAACCCUGUCGCGCUAUCAUAUUUGAUAUUUAAUGAGAGUUACGGUUUAAUUUGUCAAAAAAGUUAAUGUGACAUGGUUUCAAAGUGUAUACAAUAUUAGUACUCGUGACCGUCCUAUCGUGGAGCUCCGCGUGUCGUAAAUUUGCGUACGAGGAGAGUAAAAGUUGACGCAUGGACUGUUUGCUCAUACUUGUAUGGCGCGCUUUUUGCGUCCCUUCCAAUCUCUUUCCUCUAUUCCGUGGAUAAUACAAUGGUGUUAUUUACCGUCAUAGUUUCGUUUGUCAUACGGUAAGGUGCGGUGCCUUAUGUAGGAGCGAGGCACGUAUUGUAGUUCACAGACACGUAGUGUGUUGAUAUUAGAGUUUUUAUUUUACUACUUCGAUAUCACGAAUAAAUUUUCCACAAAUACAUUA